AUGAACUUUUUCGAGACCUGCGAGAAGAUCACCAUCACCAAGGGCGUACUUACCGCUGGGUGCAAGAAGGCCGACAAGAAGACCACUGUCCAUUCUUCCAUCUCCCUCAACGACUACAUUGGAGUCACUGACGGCAAACUCACCUGGGGAGGCAGGGGCUUCAGCCACCAUGCAGAGGAUAUCAGCGUCCACAAUGGUGUCCUUUCUGCCAAAGUCAGGUUUGGCGGCAAGGUCGUUGAAAGCAAGCUCGAUUUGAACCUCUACAUUCACAACCAGGAUGGUGCAUUGGCAAUUAUUCCAGUCUCUGAACUGUCUGGAAAGCAUCUUGCAGCACCUACUUUAUCUCGAGGCAUCUCCAUGGCUAGCGUCUCCAGCGUCGCUAGUGCUACCAGUGCAAACAGCAUGUUCUCGGCUGCUUCUGCCACCUCGACUUCAACCUCUGUCUCCACAACUUCUGUCACAGAGACCAAGUCUUCUUCCUCGUACAAUGCAUUUUCUUCUACAAAGUUCCGAAGUGAGAGUCAACUCUUAUUGAUUGAAGAGACAUGCACCAAGCUUGAGCUCAAGGGCACCUUCCUUCAUGCCGAGUGCCGUCGUAUCGAUGGGUCCGUCGUCCACUCUAGCAUUGAUCUUAACACCAUCAUUGGAUUCUUUGAGGGACACCUUCAAUGGGACAUCGAAGGAUUCAGCACCCACUGCUUCGAUUAUACCCUCGACGGAUUCUUCUUGGUCGUCAAAUACAAGGUUCACGGUGAUCAACACAGGGUCGCUCGCAUCGACCUCCGCACCCGCAUCCGCAACUCCAACGGUGUUCUUAUAGUCGUCGAGCUCAACAAAAAGCUUUCUGUUAUGCUCAGCGAGGUCCCCUGGAUGAAAUUCAAGGUCAUCGCCGAGCCUGAUCUCAGCGUAUUUGCCAACCACCCCGUCAUGCGCCAGACGCUCGUCAGCAUUGCAGAGUCCACCGUCGAGCACGUCACCGUUGAGAUGCACAAGAUGCUCACUGUCGCAAUGGAGACUGCUAUAACUGCCAUUACGGCCUCUGCCAUGAAGCACGUCUCUGCUCAAAUGGAAACAUUGGUGGCAGAUGUUGCUGGACACGCUAGCGCCAGUGCGUCGAUUACCGCCGCUGAAUCUCUCCACCUCUAUGGACUUGGCCAAUACUACUCGUCUGCCAUUGGAAAUGCAUAUGCUUAUGGGGGUGGAUUAAAUGGUCGUGCUCACUACGAGUCUCAUGGAAGCCUUCACGCCGGUGGAGGAUUAAACGGCAGUGCUGCCCUUUACGAGGCUAGCGGAAAUAUUCUUGUCGAGGGCCGCGAGGCUCAUGGAAGCCUCCGCGCCGCGGGCCACGCUGAGUCUCGCGAGAGCUUCCACUCUGAAGGUCGCAUCGUCGAGAUCAGCAAUGGUAACAGCCACGCAGAGACCGCAAAGCACGCCAAGAUCACUCUUUCCGUCUAA